AUGGCAAAGCGCUCCUCCGUUUCGCGUGUUUAUUUUCAUUCAUUUCACAACUCCCAUUCCCAAACCCCAUGCUUUUCGUAUUGUUUUGAUUUUUUCCCCGUUUUUUUUUUAUUGUUUGCCGGGGGUCCGAUCUGCCGGGCCGCCACCCCGCACACCACGCCCAACAAUAAAGAGCGACACUGUGAAGGAGAACGGGGUCCAUUCCCCUCACUCUUUGAACAAUUCAUGUUGAAACCAUCAUGGCGCCACCCUUUUGAAAUUCCACCGAGGGAAGGGGAACAACGGCCAUCCGCCACACACCCCAUUCAUUAA